ACGGUGCCGUUACUCUGCAAAACGAAAGCGAGAAAGGCAUUGCGAUUGCGAGAGGUUCCACGUUGAAGAAAGAAAGAGAAGAGAAGAGAAGAAAAGAAAAACAACCUCAAAGAAACAUCAAUGGCAAAGACAAAGAGAAACUCGUGUGGGUGGCUGUUCCUGGCGAUUUGUGCGACGCUGUUGCUUGUGUCUUGGUCGGCGACAGCGGACGCAGGAGCAGUGGGGAUGGAAAUGACAUGGAUGCCCUCCAUGGAAGAUGAGUUCCAGUUGGACAGCGAGAUCAACCGCCGCAUCUUAGCCACCACAAAGUACAUAAGCUACGGUGCGCUGCAGAGGAACACUGUCCCAUGUUCUCGCCGCGGUGCCUCCUACUACAAUUGCCAACCUGGCGCUCAGGCCAACCCUUACUCUCGUGGCUGCACUGCCAUUACCAGGUGCAGAAGCUAAAUUAUUAUUAUUAUUAUUAUUAUAUUAUUAUAUUAUUAUUAGUAGUAUCCUUUUUCUUUUCUUUUUUCUAUUUUCUUUUCAUAUUUGUGUUUCAUUGUAUACAUCAUCAUGAUUGAAUGUUUUUACGUAUUAUUGCCCUGUUGCCCAUAAAUAAUUAUUCAAUGUCACUCAUUCAUCUUCCUUUUCUGCUUUGCUUUUUUAUUUAAUGGCUAUUGGCGCUACUCUAAGCAUGAUGCUUUAAUUA